AUGCUGUCUCAUACAACAACCGCAAAGCAGUGGCAACCGCUGUCUGGAGCCUUGAAGUUUACUGGUUCACUCGCAUCAUACCGUCCACGCCAUAUACGCCACUUCGUCGCCCUUUUCGCAUUCCCUGCAUGUCUGUGGCUUCUCUGGCGUCUCUCUCGUAACCCUGGGAACUAUGCGUACUUGCGAAGUGCAUCGAUCAGCAAGUUUCAGCGCGGUGGCGAUCCGCCAAAUUACUACAAGUGGCACGAGCAAGAGAAGGCGAUGCCACAGAAUGACCCGGACCUACCGCCGCCGCAAGGGAGGGAGGGAAGGUAUUUGCGCUUUAAGAACCACCUGGCAAAUGUUGGAUGGGGGAACUCAAUGCAGGAGAUGAUUGCAAAUCAUCAUUUGGCGUACCAAUCGAAAAGAAUCUUUGUGAUGUAUAACUUUACUUGGGAUAAGCAUACCGACAGCGAUUACUCACAAUUCGAAGACCACAAGAUCCCUGCGCGCAUUCCUAUCUCCGCUCUCGUUGCAGGUCCUCUCGCUGGUGGCGAGUACCCCAUGUCUCAGUGGCGCCCACCAGCAGUGACCACCGAAUUCUUCGACCUUAUCUGCCCUCACCCAACAAUUGUACACGUCGACAACACGAAAUCUGCCUUCAACCUCUCCGACGCAACCGCUGUGACCAUCUUCAACACGUUCACAGCGCAACUGAACGCCAUUGAGGACAACUGCGUCGAACUACAGGAAGACAGCGGACAGAUACUGGACUUCUUCAUAUUCGGCUCGGGAGCGCGCAUGGCCGAUUUAUGGCGUCCAUUGCUGAGUUCGCCUGUGCUCACGGGCUGGGAGUGGUCGUCGCUCGUUACAUCGAUAGUUACGCAGAACCGCGCUCUUAUUCACCCAGCGAUAGCGCUCAACGACGCGUCUCAACGAGGGGAACUUAAGGGGCUGCUUGCGCUGCAUCUCAGGAGGGGGGACUUCAAAGGCCAUUGCGAGAAUCUAUCGAAUUGGCGAUGGGGUUACAACGCGUUCAACGUGCAUCCCAACUUCCCCGAUCAGCUCGAGGCACCGCCAGGCGGUGGCGGAGGAAGCCAUACGGACGAGACUCUCGGCUGGUAUAACGACCACUGUUACCCGGAGAUCCCGCGGAUCGUCGAGCGCGUCAAAGAGUUCCGCGCAGACGCGGAGGGCCAGGGGCGGGCGCUGAACCGGAUAUACGUGCUCACGAACGGGGAUAGAGAGUGGAUCAGCAAGUUGAAAGUGGCACUGGACAUGGCAGGGAAAUGGGAAAGUGUCACGACAAGCAGGGAUCUGGACAUUGAUUGGGAUCAGGAGUUCGUGAAGCAAGCGGCCGAUAUGUUCAUAGCGACAAGGGCGGAAGUGUUUGCGGGGAAUGCUUGGUCGAGCCUGAGUUCGAAUGUCAAUCUCCUGCGCGUUUCGCAGAAUCAUGACCCCGAAACAUCGCGAUUUUGGUAG